AUGACCAUCGACCGUCGCCAGCCCUGGGUCACCACCCCCCUCAUCAAGUCUCCUCACCUCUCCAAGACUGCGGGAUGUAGAGUACUCCUUAAGCUCGACAACCUGCAGCCCUCGGGCUCUUUCAAGUCCAGAGGUAUUGGCAACUACCUCCUCCACCGUAUCCGCGAGAGUGAAGAAGUUGGCAGACGCCCGCACUUCUAUGCCUCUUCCGGUGGCAAUGCGGGCAUCGCCUGUGUUGUUGCUGCCCGAUCCCUCGGUUACGAAGCCUCGGUCGUCGUCCCAACUACAACCAGCCCUGCGUUGAUCGCGAGACUACACGCUGAGGGUGCUAGCGAGGUUAUCCAGCAUGGCCUUAGUGUCAUGGAUGCCGACAAGUACCUCAAGUCGGUUGUCCUCGCCUCAGACCCAGAGGCUGUCUACGUGCCCCCCUUUGACCACCCUGAUAUCUGGGAGGGAAACUCUACAGUCAUGCACGAAAUUGCAGCACAGAUGAAUGGCGAGAAGCCUGAUGCUGUCGUCUGUAGUGUCGGCGGCGGUGGUUUGAUGAAUGGAAUCUGCCAGUCCCUCGAUAGCUUGGGCUGGACUGACGAUGUCACCGUCCUCGCCCUUGAGACCGAGGGUGCAGACUCACUUUCUCGAUCACUCCAAGCCAAAAGGGUCAUCACCAUGGACAAGAUCACAUCGGCGGCUAGAAGCCUCGGCGUCGCAACUGUCUCGAAGAAGACGUUUGAGUAUGCCCAGAGACCGCAGGUGAUCAAUGCUGUCCUACCUGAUGGCGAAGCAGCCAAGGGUUGUCUGACCCUGGCCCGUCAUGAGCGGUUGAUGGUCGAGUUGACAGCCGGAAUCGCCAUCAGGCUGUGUGAAGACCAGCUGCUGGAGAAGCUGAUGGGCCGGGAGCUGAGCCCAGAUGCAACUGUUGUGCUCUGCGUUUGUGGAGGUAAUGAUAUUUCUGUCGAGAUGCUCAUGAAGUGGCAGGAGCAGUAUGGUGCUUGA